UUCCGCGUCUCUCAUUCCAACUCCCAGUUUCACGAGGUUUUCCUGCGAUUAGGGUUUCCUCAGCUUGAGCCUCGAUUUGUUUGUGUGUACGUAGCUCUCCAGAUGUAGUUUCGAUGUGAAUUUUGUGUGCAGAUUUUCGUGCAGAAACGCAUUCGACUCGAUUUCAGUGGACUUAUGAGAUUUCCGUGUUCCGGAAGCCGAGAGAGACGAGGCAGGGCUACUGAUAUGUAGAAUUUUCAGUUGGCUGUGGUUGAUGGUUGGGUAGAACUUUGUGAAUGAGCUUGUGAUGAGUUUUCGAGUUAAACAAGCAAGACCCGUUCAAAUUUUCGUACAGAGAUUGACAGGAGUUGGUUACAGGAGUCGAAAUUGAGGUAUGGGUUGCCGGUGUUUGUUGCUCCUGCUUUUGCUUCGUCUGCCGGUCUUGAUGAUAAUUUGCGAUGAAGUUGCUCCUUCCGAUGUCGCUAGAAGUGGGUGGGGGUAGAGGGUAGUGUGCGUUGGAUAUUAUGUUUAGAGAAUAUGGGACAGAAAAUGGAGGACUCGGUGAGCAGUGCAGUUUUAACAAAGGGUGGGACGGACAUCCUCCAACGGAGGUUUGAGAAUUGUAAUUGGCUCAGUAAUACGAUCAAGGAGUGGAAAUUGGGAAUAGGGAGAGUGUUCGAGGGGUUUGGGUGAAGGAAUUCGAUGUGAGGCAGAUUCGUGUGGGGGCGAAUGCUGUAUGUAGAUUGCUGACCUGGAGUAUGAGCAGGGGGUGGAAUUGGCGGCAGUCAGUGCACAGUGUUCAGAUCAUGAUAUUUGUCUGCAUCGACGAACCGAAUCAAAGACAGCGUUCUUUGUGAGUUGUACAAAUGAUAAAUGCCAGAUUUUGUUUUUCGUGAUCCAUGUUUCUUGAAGUUAGCUUCAUCACUACGAAGCCGAUCUUUUAUCAGGUCCUAGUUCCAAUCAAGUCAUAAGUCAAGCGUAAUGUGGUUGAAUUUGGGGAUGAUAAGUUGGGAGGGAUUGGAAUUAUCGAUGUAGUGCGUUUUGCACUGCCUCCUCUCUGCAGAAAAGUUCUGAGGGUGUGUUUUGUCAAGAACUACAUGACGUUAGGUUUAGUCGAGAGUUUUCUGGCAUUCGACUGCAUUUUGGUCUUUAGGCAGUUUGAAAGUUGUUGAAUGGAUAGGAAGGUGUGUGGACCUGAAACAGUAGGAGUGCGGAAGUAGGAGAAAGAUAGGAGGCAAACAGAGAGGAUGGCGAGUUCCUUCCCCAACGAUGGUUCGUUUUUGGAGAGAUUCAAGCAGCUGCAGCAGAACGCUCCCCCCGAGCCUACUAGGACUGGUCCUGUGGUGUUGAUGACCACGAAAACACCAAAAGUGAGCUCCAAUAGUAAGGGUGCAGGUGCCUCCCAAUCCGGAACUGUUUCCAAGGGUUGUUUACCGAAUGGGAAAUUAGCAUUCAGUCUGAAGCAGAAGUCUAGGCUGGCCGUCAAUGCAAUCAAAUUUGGAGAAGACGAUGACGAAGAAGAUGAUGAGGAUACCCAGAGACAAGCUAAGAGGUCGAAGACUAGAAUCACAUCGAAGAGCAUAUCACCAGAGCCGAAGGACUUUGGUGCGAUACCAUCUCGUUUACCGGUAUUUUCAGCUAUGAUUUUUGCGAUCCUGCGGUUCUUCGCGCUGGCUUACAUUUGUUCAGUUCCCGUCCCUCCUCCUAACGGAGAGGUGAAGAAGGUUGCGGACAAACUAGCGCUAUUCGUGGCGAAGAACGGACGCCAAUUCGAGGAGAUCACCCGUCGGAAGAACCCUGGCAACACUCCUUUUAGCUUCCUCUAUGAUAUGGAGUCCGUGGAGUACAAGUAUUACCUGCAUAGAGUUGCUCAAGAGGAGGCAGUUCUGGCUAGCGAAGUUGGGGCAUUUCAAACGUCCAAUUCAGGGGGUGGUAGCAGCAAUCAAAGCAACUCUUGGAGGCAGUCGAGUGAAGGGCAACAGCUGAGGUAUCAGACACCAGCAUCUGCAUUGUAUAGCGGCGGUAGUGAGCAUCAGAGGCCAUCUUUUUCAUCGGGGUCUCCAUGUGAACACGUGCAAGAUAGAUACAACCAACAUCCCUAUGCAAAUGAUUCAGUGGCUAUGAUGGAGUUCUACACGAAGAAGGCCGCGCAGGAGGCUUUACGUAAACCUCCAAAGCAGUCUAAGGAUGAAAUGCCUCCCCCUCCGGGUCUACAUCCCCCACCAUCAGCAAGUCAAACUUCUAGUUUGACGGAGACUUGGCAACACGAAGAGUCAAUUAUCGCAGAAGAUGCACGUUCCACUUAUGUCACCUCAACCGUAGGGGUUGUCGAGGAUGGUGGCUCAGGGAAGAAAGGACAUCACAUGGGCGACUACAUUCCUCCUGAGGAAUUGGAGAAGUUUUUGGCUAAGUGCAACGAUGCGAAGGCAGCAAAAGCGACAGCCGGUCGUGCAAAAAUUCAAGCCGACAAUGUGGGACACCGGUUGCUGUCUAAGAUGGGUUGGAAAGAAGGAGAAGGCUUGGGAAGUGGUAGACGCGGAAUGGCAGAUCCAGUGCAAGCUGGAAGCGUGAAAGUGAACAAUCUGGGUGUCGGUGCGGAGCAACCGGGUGAGGUGACAGCAGAAGACGAUAUUUAUGAGCAGUACAAGAAACGUAUGAUGCUUGGGUAUCGGUUUCGGCCUAAUCCUCUGAACAACCCUCGCAAGGCGUAUUAUUAGGCGAUUGACGGUGCCUAUGAUGUGGAUAUCGAA